ACUGCAGUACUUGAUCCUCUGUAUGCCUCUGCAUUAUAAUCAAAGCAGCUGAACGCACGUGCCAUGCCCGAGCCGCUCGGUGCCGGCGUUCAAAGCUUUUGGCUCAAGCGCUCAAGUGCUUACUCUGUGGCAGGGUGAACAAGAUCCGAUCAUGCGUAACCUGCGCGUAAAGGGCACCAUGGAACAUAUAAACAGUGGCUUCCGUCCGACGAUGCAAGUCUCCUGCUGAACCUGCAGCAUUCCACGCCCUCCGCUCCGUCCUCCACUCGCUCUGCACCGCGCCGCUGCGUAGUGAGCAUCGCAAGCCAUGCCACCUCACCGUCUCGCUCGAUACCCGCCGUGGCUCACGCGCUGGCUCGGAUACCGCGCCAGCCCACCACUCAAGCUGCCCGACUACCUCAUCUGGUUCUGGUCCUUCAUCGCCGCGUUCUGCGGCCUGUGCGUCUUGCAGGCCGUCUUUGGUCAUGCGCACUACUUCGUCAAGCGGCCCGGUAUGCCCUCUAUGGUCGCUUCAUACGGUGCCUCCGCCGUGCUUUGUUUCGGGGCAAUCGAAGCGCCGCUCUCCCAGCCACGGGCACUCGUCUUUGGCCACUUCAUUUCCGCCCUCCUCGGCCUCUGCAUCACCAAGCUCUUCUCCCUCUCCUCGCACUUCGAGUCUCUCCGCUGGCUCGCUGCCUCCCUCUCUACGUCAGUCGCCAUCGUCGCAAUGCAAAUCACAGGCACGACGCACCCGCCCGCUGGCGCAACGGCCUUGCUUCCCGCGCUCAACGACGAUAUCUGGGAGCUGAGCUGGUACUAUUUGCCGGUCGUGCUCCUGUCGAGCAUGCUUGUCUUAGCCGUAGCGCUCCUGGUUAACAACAUCCAGAGGAGAUAUCCCAUGUUCUGGAUCGCCCCUGCGAUACCGCCCGUCGCAAGGCCGUCGCCGGCUUUGGGCGGCCCCGAGCCCUCGACCGGGACUGCGAGUCCGGCGACCGCCACUGCGGAGGAGACGGAAGAUAAGAAAGUGAUCAGUUCUGAUGUCGUGUAGCGGAAGUAGCGGGGUGAACUCCUAUGGGAGUCGGGAUAGAAGGGACAAUAGAGCGCUGUCACUGGAGGCGGGAAAGUUGAAGCGAUUCUCUCCUUUUAGCAGGGAUUUUCCGUGAAUGGGUCUUUUCCCACUGCACCAUCGACUGCAUGGUGGCUGAUUGGGCCGCAAGAAGAUCGCGGUUGCUGCAAUACUAUGUACCGACAAAAUGCAUCGCAGGGGAUCGAUGGUGUAACGAAAAUGGGCACAAGUAUCUCGACGGUGUGAGCGGGGAUCUUGUAAUAUCGCAUUACUGAUUCGUCAAACAUGAUACUGUAUACACAGCAGUAACGUCUAUGUAGAGAGAGACAAUAAUACUCACGGGAUUCACAAGGGUAGCCAAUAAGCUC